ACUUAUCUAAUAACAAUAAUCAAGAUGAAAAUACUAUUUCAAUAACUUUGCCACCUUUACCUGAAGAAAUUAAUAUUGAUGAUAGUAGUGCUACGAUUAAAGAAUUGGCACAAUUUUCUAAUAAUAAUGAGCUAAUUCUCAAAUUCGAAAUUCUAAUAUUAUUUAUCAUGUCAAAUGCACAAAGGAAUAAACCUGUUGCAUCAUAUGUAAUUACAAGAAUUGAACAAACUUCUGCAGAAUUGGAAAAUGGAACAUGA